AUGUUUCGCCAAAUUAUAUGUUUGAUUAUCUCUGUCCUCUCGGUUUUGCAUCAAGUAUUUUCCCGCCAAAGUUGCUGCAUCCCGAAACAAUGGACCGGAGUUGCUACCCAGAAGCUUGGACGAUACGACCAUGACGUUGAUGUUGCGUCACUUGCUGACGUUAUUACUCAUGUUGCGUACAGUUAUGAUGACAGAAAAAUUUCUCUUCAGCAAGAAGUUUACAACAUAACAAUCGGUUUUAAGGAACAAGUUCAUGUGAUUUACGAAUUCAAAGAAGGAAUACAAUAUAUUAUAACCAAUGGAGAUUACUGUAUUUCGUACCCCCUCGGUGGAGAUAUGUGGUCUGGCUGUGUUCCAGACAAUGCAACUCAUCUGGGAACAUACAAUAUUUCCGGUCCCGUGGUUGACAUUUACAGAGUAGCGUCCCUUGGUGGCGGCAUUAUACGAUAUAGUGUUAGCAACCCAUUUUGUUAUCCAACGACAGAGAGUUUACUGACCCCUGGUCCAGUGUAUGAUUUAAAAGUCAGUGUAUAUGAAAACGUAACCGAAGGAAUCAGCGACCCUUCAGUGUUCAAAGUCCCCGUAUUCUGUCACCACAGUCAGAUAAAGAAGAAAUACAUCUCCUCUACUAUCGCUGAAUUGAUUCAUAGUGCCUUUUCCUGGAGAUGAUGGAAAGCUCUUUCAGAUGCUGCUAUGUGUUGCUUCGCAAUCAAUUAUCUUCUGCUGUGGCAUUCAUUAUUAUUUUUUAACUGUUGUCAGUUUUGCCACUUCCUUCUUAGCUAUUUGAUAAAAAAUAAACAUAAAAGAAUUAUGUCUUAAUUUUAAAUU